CCGUCGCGUCGCUUAAACGACCUAACGACCCCCGAAACCGCCCGUCGCGCGUCUCCCGACCAUGAACCACGACGCGUCGCACAAGGCCUUCUUCAGCAGCCAUCAGCCGCAGCAGAAGACGUCGUUCCUCAUCGAGGACAUCCUCUACAGCCAGCAGCAGAAGGGCGAGAUGGUGCAGGGUCCGUUCGCGGGCCUGUCGCCGAAGCAGGCGGACGACAAGCCGCGGUGGUCGGAGAAGAAGAGGUCCUGCGGCUACCUGCAGACCGGCGGUUUCGCCGCCUAUCAGCCGGGGCCGAAUCCGCCGUAUAUCCAGGUGAUGGGGGCCCUGAACGCCUGCCUGGGGGAGCCGUACAAGUCGAUGGCCGAUCCGUACUUCUUCUCGCAGGGCAUUGCCGGGUUCCAUCCGCUCUUCGGUUCCGCUGCCUCGGAACUGUCCCUCAACGCGCUGAAGAGCUGCAGGAGGAGGAAGGCCAGGACGGUCUUCACCGACCAGCAGCUGGCAGGGUUAGAGAAAAGAUUUUCCGUUCAACGAUACCUGUCUACGCCGGAAAGAGUGGAACUCGCAGGGGCCCUUAGUCUCACGGAGACCCAGGUCAAGACUUGGUUUCAAAACAGACGAAUGAAGCAUAAAAAACAAGUCAGAAAGGCCAGGGACGAUCCAGGAUCGAGAACGAAAAUUGUUGAAGACCAAACCAAAGAUUCUAUUCACGAUCACACUUUGAAAGCAGUUAUUCGUUCGACAGAUGAUAGGGUAUGUUCCGAAGAGUUUUCCAAGCGAUUGGAAAAAUCGAUGUCUUCAGAUGAAGAUCAAGAUGACAAUAAUAGUGAUAUAGACAUAGUUGGAGGUGAAGCUUCUUUCAGUAGUAGUUGUGGAGAAGGAACCUAGGAAAAUCAAAAAAUGUAGAUACUUACGAAUUUCAAAAAACGAACUUGGAAAUGAAUCGACACGUGGGAGUGAGGCGAAGUUAGCGCAAGUGACAUAACGCGAGUUCAUUAUUUAUG